UAAAUCAUGUGCGGAGAAUGUAUUAGGCUCCUCUUCGAAAGGCUAUUGAGAAUUUGAAACCUCAGAGAGCUUAUUUGUUUUUUCUUUCUUUCUUUCUUCACCCUACGCUUUUUCUGUUUCUGGCGAUUGGCUAGCCGUAGAAUUACGCAACGACACCAUGGAUUGAUUGUCUUGGUGGAAUCGAGCUUACUUACCGGCGAGGUAAGGUCACUGGAAUUUCUCAUGCGCUGCAGGACCCUCUACAUUGCACCAAGAUUUUAUUUUUUAGGUCUUGGAUGUUCCGUAGCUCUAUAGUUUUUUCAUUUGUUUCAGAUCUGAUAUGCUACUCUGAAGAGUGAAAGGGGUAUCCUUCAAUUUUGAUGGGGUCAAUUUAAUUCAAACUUAAUUGACUUCAAGGUUUAGUUUUCAUGGAGGAGCCUGUGAGCUCGGAUUGUGUGGCAAAAGAUAAAAAGUCUCCUGGCUGUUUGAUUAUCAGGAAAAAAGACUGUGAAGUGGGAGGUACUCGAAGGGGUACGAUAGGCUCGUCAGAGUCUUUGCAGAAGAACCAAAAGAAGAGACCCAGGGUUAUCACACACGAUUCAGGUUCGGGUGAUGAGUUGCUAGAAUCUUGUAAGAGGAAAAGUGAUGAACUUAAGAGCCCCGUAACAUACAGGAGAAGGGCUGAGGGGAAUAAUAACAAUACCCGAAGUAAUGGGAAACGGAGUAGGUUAGAUUUAUUCGACUUUGAUGAGUAUGAUGAAUUUGAUCAGACAGCUGUGAGGAAUAGAAAUGGAGAUGGGAUGGAAGGAGGAACAGGGAGCUCUCGGGAAUUCAAAAAAGGGUCUAGUGGGGUAAAGGUUGCGGAAAAGAUGAAGUUGAAUUUGGAUAGUUCAGCCAAUGCUUUGGGAAACAAAAAUAAGGAUUUUAACCGUACAGGUAAGAGAAGAAUUGUUGCAGAGGAAGAUGAUGCAGAUUUUCCCAUCUCCAUGCUGAAGUCGAAGCAUAAAAAAUCGCCAAAGGAAUCCAUCAGGUUGCAGGGGAAAAAUGGGGUAUUGAAGGUAAUGGUGAACACAAAGGCGGAGUUGUCACAUAAAAAGUAUGAUUGUCAUGAUUCUGGGAGUAGGGAACACACAACGUCUAAGAACCUCAUCAAGAAGAAGCUAGAAGUUCAACCUAAAAUUUGCUUGGGUUCUGAAAAGCGACAUUUGUCUCUUCAAAGGGAGAAGAGUAAGAUGAAAUCCUGUAAAGUAUUGGUGAAUGAAAAUACUCCAGCCAGUGAUUCCGAAACAGAUGGGGAUGGUCAAUCAUCUAAGGUGGCUCCAACAACUACACCAGCUUGUAACUCAUUGAAUAUAGUUAAAAAGGAAGAAAAUAAAAUUUCAACGGACAAAAUAAUUCCUCCCACUAAUAAACAAGGAAAAACUAGAGGCGGUGCAAGCACUGAGAAACAACAACUGCGUGAAAAAAUUAGGGGAAUUUUGAUGGAUGCUGGCUGGACUAUUGAUUAUAGACCAAGGCGGAACAGAGAUUACAUAGACUCAGUCUAUAUAAGUCCUUCUGGAACAGGCUAUUGGUCAAUAGUUAAGGCUUAUGAUGCUUUUUUGAAAAAGUUGGAGGAGGAUGGUGGUGCAAAGAAAUCUGCAGCUCCUUUUUCUCCUAUAUCGGAAGAUAUAAACAAGCUAACGAGGCAAACCAGAAAGAGAAUUGAAAGAGACUUGAAAAAAAAGAAAAAAGAUCACAGUUCCAGUAAGGAUAAAAAGAAGACUUCUGGAAAAGAGUCUGCAGAAGGUACAGACAGUGAUCAGCAUGAUGAGCGGCUCAGUAGCUACAUAAAGAAGAGUGGUAAGUCGCUAAAAGGAAAGCUUCAUUCAAGACAUCAAAGGAAUGAGUUUGAUACACACAAAAUUGUCUCGAUCUCAGAAGCUGGGAGACUCAAGGACAUGAUUGGAAAGUCCUCUGUAUCACCUGCUGGCAGUUCAGUCCAGGGAAGAAAAAGUAAAAUAACUGGAAGAUGUACUUUGUUGGUCCGUGGUUCCGAUAAUGGAAAAAAUUCAGAAAGUGAUGGGUAUAUUCCUUAUUCUGGGAAAAGAACAUUAUUGGCAUGGAUGAUAGACUCGGGGACAGUCAAACUUAGUGAAAAGGUCCAGUAUAUGAACCGUAGAAAAACACGUACAAAGCUAGAAGGCUGGAUCACACGAGAUGGCAUUCACUGUGGCUGCUGUAGUAAAAUCCUUACUGUGUCUAAGUUUGAGCUCCAUGCAGGGAGCAAACUGCGCCAACCAUUUCAAAACAUAGUGUUGGAAUGUGGAGCUUCUCUGUUGCAGUGCCUUACAGAUGCAUGGAAUAGACAGGUUGAGUCAGAACGUCAGGGUUUCUGUUCAGUAGACAUUGAUGGUGAUGAUCCAAAUGAUGAUACUUGUGGUAUAUGCGGUGAUGGAGGGGAUCUGAUCUGCUGUGAUGGAUGUCCAUCAACUUUCCAUCAGAGCUGUAUGGGAAUAAUGAUGCUUCCUCAUGGUGAUUGGCACUGUCCUUAUUGUGUUUGCAAAUUUUGUGGUAUUGCUGAUGAAAGUCCGGUGGAAGACAAUGUUGGUACCACUGAUCUUCACUUGUGCAUCCUCUGUGAGAAAAAAUAUCACAAAUUAUGCAGACAAGAUUUGAAGACUAAUAAGGUUUUACCUGUGAAGACCAAAACUUCAUUUACUUCUUUUUGUGGGCAGACAUGCCAAGAGAUCUAUGACCAAUUGUGGAAGAUUGUUGGAGUAAAGCAUGAAUUAGAAGCAGGAUUCUCUUGGUCUCUCAUCCAACGAACAAAUUUAGAUUCCGACACCUCACAUUUUGACUUUUCUCAAAGAGUAGAGUGCAACUCAAAGCUGGCUGUCGCCCUGUCUAUCAUGGAUGAGUGUUUUUUGCCCAUAGUGGACCGGAGAAGUGGUAUCAAUAUAAUCCAUAAUGUCCUUUAUAACUGUGGGUCAAAUUUUAGCCGUCUUAGUUAUUCUGGGUUCUACACAGCAAUCUUGGAAAGGGGUGAUGAGAUUGUUUGUGCAGCAUCACUGAGGAUCCAUGGCAUACAACUUGCAGAAAUGCCAUUUAUUGGGACACGCCAUAUUUAUAGGCGUCAAGGGAUGUGUCGGCGGCUAUUAUCUGCUAUUGAGAUGGUCCUCCACAACUUAAAAGUUAAGAAGCUGAUUAUUCCUGCUAUAUCCGAGCAUAUUCAUACCUGGACUGUAGUUUUUGGUUUCAACCAGCUUGAGGAAUCACACAAGCAGGAAAUGAAAUCUAUCAACGUGUUGGCAUUUCCAGGGGUAGAUAUGCUACAGAAGCAGAUUGUAAAGCAAGGGGCAUCAGAAGGUCUAAGGACUGCUGAUUUUGAAAAACCUACUGCAUUACCUGCACCGAUGGGAACAUCAGAAAUGGUUUGCUCUGCUAAGUAUGAUGCAAAUGAGUGUGAUGACACUGGUUUGCAAAGUAUUGGUGAAAUGCACGCGAAGGUUGAAACUGGUCCUCAAGAUUGUUCUCUUGCUAUCAAUUUUCUCAAUAAAGAGAUCACAGCAUUCAAAUCUGAGGUAAGUAAUGAGUUUGCUGGAUCUUCAGCCAACUUAAGACACUCUACAGAAGGUGAAAAUGAUAGUAUACUUGAUACGCAAAAUGCUGUAAUGGACAGUCCUGGAAAAAGUAUCCCGUCUUCAGCACACAGUCUCAUUGAAUCCUGUGAGGUAUUUGUUGAAGCUUCUGCGCAAGUGGUACAAAAAUCGACAGAUAAAUCAGUAUCAGAUCCUGAUGCGUGUGGUAUCAGUGUUCAGACUAUCUCACAACUUUGUUCUGAAUCAUCUCAAAGUAAAGAUGAAGAAGACCGAGGUGAGGCUUGUUCUGUUCCAGAGGCUUCUAAGGGUGAUGCCAUUUCCAGUUUAGAGACAUCUGACAUUGCAAUGCCCACUUACAUCAGUGGGAAAGAGGUUUUCGCUGAUCCCGGACAUUGUUCUUCUUAUCGUUCCAUCCAAUGUAGCACUGAAGAUGCAGUUAGCAAAGUGACUUUACAACCUACUGAAAUCUCUGAACCUACUGUACAGCUCACCUCACAUUUGAAUACACCAGUCACAAAUAAUGGUGCAAAUGAACACCAUCUAUGUUCUGAGAAGACUACUGAUACCAAAGGAGCUAAUGGUGUGAGCAGUUUUCCAGGUGAAGGUGAUCAAGAUUUGGCUUUAUCCAAUGGUGAGUGCUAUGAAAGCGAGAAUGUCAAAGAUUCUUGUUAGGAACCUCGGACUGAUAGAGACAGAGACACAAUGAUGGAAAAAGAAUUAUUUGCCGGUGCUUUCGUUUCAAGGUGACAGUAAAUAUUAACCUCGGACCUCGGAGUAAUCAGGAAGGGACUUAUGGUAGGCUUUUCAAGGUGACAUAUUAUUUGCCAGACUAACUGAAUUUCUUGAAGAUGCAUCCUUGACUACCUUUUUAUUUGUUUGGUGUCAUAGCACUUACAAGUUAGUUUUCCGAAAAUCAGUUGGGAUUUUCAGUGAACGGAAGUAAUGUGAGUAUAGAGACAAUUAUGUGCUACCGCAGGAUCCAGAGUGCGAGAGAAUAUUACGUAGUAUGUAUAUAGUUUGACUUCUUGCACAUAAGCUUGUUUUUUAUACUCACUCUGGUGCUAUGUGUAAGACAUAUCAAAAGGUCCUGAAUAUGUCUCUUUUGUAUUAUUAAUGUACAAUUCUUAUUUUUCUUCCUCAAUUUUUCUAUAUUGAAACUUCUGAAGCAUA